AUGCCUGGGUUUUGCGACGGCCUGGGUUCCUGCUCGGUCCCGCCCGGCCUGGCCAGGGCCGUCGCGCAUCCCUCGGGCUAUGGCCGUGCGGAUUUGGGCUCUGGCCGGCGCCUGUGGGUGAACUCGGCUGCACUCAGCCCGGCGCCCUAUGCAGCGGGACCGGGACCGGCACCAUCCUAUGCAGCGGCGGCCCUCGCGGCCCCGGGUUCGCUCCUCAGCGCAGCAGGCGGCCUGGCGGGCGCAGAUCUUGCCUGGCUGAGCUUGUCCGGACAGCAGGAGCUGCUGAGGCUGGUACGGCCGCCUUACUCCUAUUCCGCGCUGAUCGCCAUGGCCAUCCAGAGCGCGCCAUUGCGCAGGCUGACGCUCAGCCAGAUCUACCAGUACGUGGCUGGCAAUUUCCCCUUCUACAAGCGCAGCAAGGCGGGCUGGCAGAACUCCAUCCGCCACAACCUGUCGCUCAAUGAUUGCUUUAAGAAGGUGCCUCGAGAUGAGAACGACCCAGGUAAAGGCAACUACUGGACGCUGGACCCAAACUGCGAGAAAAUGUUUGACAAUGGGAACUUCCGAAGGAAGAGGAGGAGGAGAGGAGAGACCAGCGGGGCCACUGCAGCUGGAACCAACAGCCCAGGAGGAGCCUCACUGGAGCCACCGCUGCGUGUCUUGGCUUCCCAGGACUUGCAGACCUCACCAUCCCCGCCUGCACCUGAGACCACCUCUUGCCUCUCCGACUUCUCCACGGCCGUGGGCGCCCUGGCUGGCAGCUUUGGCACCGUCCCCGAUGGCCUGACCCGUGACUUCUCUUUAAGAAGGGUGCCAACCGUGGCUGCCCACGGUCCUCAGAUCCCUAACACCGUGCCUAGCCUGGCCUCUGUCCAUCAGACAGGGGCUACCGGCUUUAGGGCGGGUCACCUAGUCUAUACCCAGGAAGGGACUGAAGUUUGA